AUGUCUUUUUUUUCAGAGGAAGACGCGGUUGACGAGCCUGCACGGAAGAGGUGCUGCACUGAGCAGCAGCAGCGACAGCAGCAACAAAGAUAUGCCCCUGACGGCGUUUUAAACGGUCGUGGGGAGGGUGACGAGGAGGGGGAAGAGCAGCCUGUGUUGGCCAGAGAGCGCGCUGCUCGGGUGGGAGUGAAGCUCCUGCAAGGCAUGCAGAAGCCCCUCUUGCCCUCGUCCUCGGUGCUUCCCUCCAGGGGCAAUGAAAUGCGCGUGGUGCAGGCAUACGUGCCCCUCUCCGUCGGUGGCUUCAUGGAAAGCUCUGCAGAGACGACUGUGAACGACAUUAGCCAUGUACGGCCUGGCAACAUCAUGUGCCUCCGCUGCCCCACCUCCUCCACCCCGCAGGUGAGCUCUGGAAUGAACUUUGUGAAGGAGACCGACCUCACGGAAGAGGAACGGCGCUACGGCAAGCGCCUCUCUUCAAACAUGAUGCAUGAACUCUUCGAGGUGGGCCGUGUGGACCGCGAAACGGGCCUGCUGGAGGCCAUUUUCCUUGACGGGGCGAGGCAAAAGUUGAAGGUGUACGCCGUCCGCCCUGCUGGGUUUGUGGAGACGGAACUGUUUCACAAGUGGAAGCGUGAUCCAAGCUCCCGACCGGUGCGAACCGUCUACGCGGCUCCUGUGAAUCUCACCGCCUCCUCGUCAUUGCCGUUAGCGACGACGACGGCGUCCGCCGCCAACCGGAACAGCAACGACAAGGGUAGCGACAACAGGAGCGUUGCGAUGGGUGGGACGCCGACGCCGUGGUGGGUGAGUCCGCAGCUCGUUGUGCGGGUUGUUGAGAAGUCUGCGGGGGAUAUUUUUGGGAAAAAGUUUGUGGUGAGGUCUCUCGCGCGCAAGGAGGGAAAGAUUCGUCUCGCGCCAUGGCAGCGGUCACCAGGCGGUGGCGAGUCAGCCGCGAAUUCAUUGCUUGACAUUGUGGGUUGCGAAGCAUUGGAGACAGUUGCCCCCAAAGUGGGCGAACAAGGCAUGAUUGUGCUUGGGAGCAUGCGUGGAGAGCUGGUAACCGUCAUGGAACGUCACCGUGACGCGGAUGGGGAGCUUGCGUCGCUGAAGGUUUGCUCCACGCUAACGCAGAAGGAGUUUGUGGUGGGCCCGCAUGAACUCUGUCAGUUGGCACGUCCGCAGCGCUAA